AUGGACGAGGAUGGCGCGAGGGGGGCGAGGGAGGGGCGCGGGGAGCGGGGACGCAGGGGCCGCGGGGGAGAGGCGGAGGGGCGCGGGGGCGGCGGGCACGCUGCCGUAGCAGCAUUAAGUCCAGUAUGCGUGUGCCGGGCGAGCGUCGUAUUCAUCGAUGUCGCGGCGGCUAGUGUUCCGCGGCGCUCGGCGCGCCUAGUUGGGUCGCGUGUGUGCCAGUCGCCAGUCGCCAGUCGCCGGCCGCCAGUCGUCACAGUAGUCCACGGCCGCCAGUGUGCCGGAGGGCGCGGGCUGCGCCGCUCGUGUACAGCAGCCCGCUCGUGUCGCGAGUGCAAAUGA